GUAAUUUAAUGGAAGAUAAACAACUUCUAAAAAUCCAACAGAAAGACGCUGUAGAAGAGAACUAUGAAAGAACAUAUAAAACCUGUAAAUCAAAUUUAAUUACACAAAGAGUCCUUCCUUCUUCAUCCUAUCACCACUGUAUGUAUAUUUAUAACAGCAGUGACUGGGAAAUAUGUGAGGAGCUACGAAUUCGAGAGCUUGAAGAAGCCAAGGCCAGGACAGCUCAAAUGGAGAAGACCAUGCGUUGGUGGUCAGACUGUACUGCCAACUGGCGGGAGAAAUGGAGCAAAGUUAGGACAGAAAGAAAUAAAGCACGUGAAGAAGGGAGGCAGCUGAAGCUCAAGCUGGAAUCCACAUUGAAAGAGCUGAGUGUCCUGAAAAAAAUUAAGCAACAUGUACUUAGUGAGAAUCAAGAAGCAGAAACUGGCAAUACUUGGGAAAAGAAUUUAAAUUCUUCUGACUUGUGCUGGAUGAAAGAAAACCAUACAAGACUUCUAGAGAACAAACCACUUAAAUAUGUACAGAAUAACAAGAUCUGUGAUGUAGACUAUAUCCAUGAGGUAAACAGCUAUGAGUAA